GGCAUCGUUUCCUCAUUAGAUUCGAACAACACAAGCAUGUACCAACAAGACGAGAAGAAGUUGAUGCAAGAAGCUGAAGGCCUUCGCAAGAUUGCCUUUUUCGGUAUCUGCAUCAGUACCGUGGCUACUUUGACUGCCAUCGUCGCUAUUCCCUCGUUGUACAACUACAUGCAGACUGUUCAAUCCACUCUUCAAACCGAGGUUGACUUUUGUGUUCACCGUACCAAUGGUCUCUUCGAGCAAUACGAGCGUAUCAAGGGAGUUAAGAAGCUUGUGAAGCGUCAAGCUGGAUACGGAGCACCAGCUGAGUACAGUACUGAUGCCGCCGUUUCUGCUGGAGGUUCUGAAGCUGGAGGUCAAUGCUGCUCAUGCGGGUCUGGACCAGCUGGACCACCAGGAACCCCAGGAGAGGACGGACGUGACGGAAACGACGGACAACCAGGACCAGACGGACAACCAGGAUCUGAUGCUCCAGCUGAGGCUAUUCCAACUGCUGAUGACUUCUGCUUCGACUGCCCAGCCGGACCACCAGGACCAGCAGGAAACGCCGGACCAAAGGGAGCACCAGGAAACGCCGGAGCCCCAGGAAAUGAUGGACAAGCCGGAGCUCCAGGAGCACCAGGAAACGAUGGACCACAAGGACCACCAGGACAAGAUGGAGCCGCUGGACAACCAGGACCAGACGGACAGCCAGGAGUCGUUGAGGAGGUAGCUGUUCCAGCUGGGCCACCAGGACCACCAGGACCACAAGGAGCCCCAGGAACAGAUGGACAACCAGGAUCUGCUGGACAACCAGGACAAGAUGGACCACAAGGACCAGCUGGAGACGCCGGAACUGAUGGAGCUCCAGGACAAGCAGGAGCUGCUGGAGAACAAGGAGAGGCUGGACAACCAGGAGAGGGAGGUGGCUGCGAUCACUGCCCACCACCAAGAACUGCUCCAGGAUACUAGAUUCUCUGAAGUUAUAUUUUUUCUAUUGUUGUUUGUAUGUAUGUACCUUCAAAAUAAAUGUGUUUCAUCUAAA